AUGAAUGCCGAGCUCGCUCGUCGAGAUGCGCGGAUCAAGGAAGCCGAUGAGGCAGCCAGGGUUGCUCGAGAAGCGUACAGAAAUACUACCACCAGAAUCCAUGAGCUAGAGCGCGAGGUUGCGGAUCUUAAAGAAGAAAUGCAUCCAUGUGAAGUCGACGCCAAAUCCAUGAGAUUCUCUGCUUCCAUGCAGGAGGCAUACAGACCUGAGCGAAUUCUCGAGCAUUUUGCUUUACAUGGUCUUCAUUCCGAGAUGAAGGAACAGAUCGCGGAUAUUAGCACUAAAUAUCGAGCUUUGUAUAAAAAUUUCCAAGAGCUGAUAGGUGUUUGUGGGACACUCAGGGCGAGGGUCGAUAGCCAUAAGCGGAAAUUAGUGCAGUGGCAAGACCACGUCACUCGAGAGGAGUUCACGAUUGAACUAUCAGGGAUCCCGGUCAAAUUCCGGCGUGUGCAUGAGAAUUCAGUCACCAGGGAAACAUUGCACUUUGAGCCAUCGAGGUCGCGACAAUCUGUAUCGGAGCCAUUGGAACCGGUUGCUCAUGAGGGCAAAACUGGGGCUUCGACUCCAUCCCCGAACCAACAAUUAAUCGAAAACUUUCAUGGACAAAGGGCUCAUACCAAGAAAGGGACAAGUGAUGCUCUGGAGCCAUCCUUUACUUCCGAACUACCAGACCCAGCUUCAACCAGAUCUGGCCCUUUGUCGGCAAAUCAGGAAACUGUGUCAAAUGACCUCUCUUCCGAUGAAUCCACUGAAACAGUGACGCGGGAGCUCAAACGAAAGCGAGUGCCAUUGCCGGAAACUACUCAUCAAAAAGAUUUCGUCCAAAAUGACUCUACAGUUAGGUCGCAGCGGUCUAUUAUCAUCAAGAGCGAAAGCAUGUCCUCUAGCCCCCACCAAAACUUCUCCGAAUACCGCGCACCUGCGGGUACCCAGGAUCUGGAUGAAAUUGGCAGCACUGUCGAGACCCCGACGAAAAAGUAUCGUCACAGUCGCAAUUUUAGUGAAAAGGACUUCUCAGUGAUUGAUAUUCCUACGACGACUAGGGAACUUGAGCAGCAUUACGAGAGCCCCCCUCAACCUCUGGUUGAGCAGAGAAAGUCGAAGCGCGGAAUUCUCCAGCCCACUAAUGGCAAUUCGCGAGCUGUCAACUCUUCUGAGCAGCAAUUAAGUGCCAAGAAAUCGAAUGGAAACACGGAAAAAGCAAUCAGACAUGGCAUACCUUCAUUAGCAGAAGAUGGAGAAAGCUAUAUGAAUACGAAACGAACCGGAAAACAUGCGUCUUCCGCCGAGACGGAUCAGUCGUCGAAGACUGAAAUCGCGCCUGCUCGGCAACGAUUACAAAGUCUUCUGGAAGGACCGGCGCCAUCUAGGUCGCCUCUAAACGUUCUGCGGAGUCAUGUGCACCCUGCUGAUAGUAGGCGAUCUGUGAACCAGAAUCUAGGAGGCGAUAUACAGUAUAGAUCCUCGGAAGGCACAGGAUCCUCUGAAGCAAAGGUCGAAGGCAGUAUGCGAACCGCUGCGCGCCAUGAACAUAAAUCUUACCGAACAUGGUCACUUCAACGGCUUGAACCUCACCAUUUCAAGAUCAAUUCCGAUUACAACCAUGGUGUUGACUACGCUUUCAACGAUGUUGUUCGCAAAAGAGACGAACACAAGUGUUUGAGUGGUUGUACACGCACCGGCUGCUGCGGCGAUAAAUUUCUCGCCAUGGCUCGAGCUGGUGGUUUCCAAACGAACCUUGGCGGGUCAAUUUCGAAAGAAGCAGAGGAGCAAAAACUCAUAGAAGAAUACCUGGGCGAUGAAAAGGAUCUAAUUCAUACAAUGGAGCCCCAGGAUCGCCAAGAGCUUCUCCAUGAAGCGCAAGCAAAACAUAUCUCGAAUACUGUUGGAAAACACAAACACCUUCACCAGCGUCCUCGAACACCUCCUGGAUUCUGGCGUACAGAUAUGCCAGACACUCAGGAAUUAGAGCAUGACCGCAAAGAAGCAGAAAAGCUCGAAAGAGAGAAAGUCUAUGAACGGUAUAGAGAAGCCAUGCGGCCCGGUGGGUUGUGGAAAUUUGCGGACGAAUAG